AUGAGCGGUAAUAUAACAAUUACUGGAAAAAACUGCACGGUGUAUAACACCGUGCACCGGGGCAGAGGCGCCGGUAAGCGAGGCGGCAGCCGAAUAAAAGCCACGGUUAAUGGUCGCGGCGGCAGACGGGGCCGCGGUAGUGGUAGGCAAAGGCAAAUUGUCAACGGGCGUGAUCCGGAUGACGGCGGCAGGUCGGACACCAGGCCCCGAUCCCGAUCACGGUCAACGAGAAGACCUGCAGCAGCUGUACGUUUAAAAAAUAUUCAAAUCAAUGAUAUUCAUAAAUCUAAUCAAUUAAAAUCACAUUUUUUCAGAUAA